AUGUGGACCCUCAUUUGUAGAGUCGACUUCCCUGCUGGCUCAAUCCCUUCGAGAAUUGAGUCGACUCACUUGCUUCCUCCCCUCUCCUGUAGCCCCCGUACUCUUCCCCCCACACCUCCUCCAUCACUCUGUUCCCCACCCCUCCCUCCCCCAUCACUCUGCGCCCCACCCCUCCCCCAUCACUCUGUUCCCCACCCCUCCCCCAUCACUCUGUUCCCCACCCCUCCCCCAUCACUCUGUUCCCCACCCCUCCCCCAUCACUCUGUUCUCCACCCCUCCCCCAUCACUCUGUUCCCCACCCCUCCCCCAUCACUCUGUUCCCCACCCCUCCCCCAUCACUCUGCGCCCCACCCCUCCCCCAUCACUCUGUUCCCCACCACGCUGCCUUUAAACUCACCUGCAUUCCCUUCAAACGAGAGGCAGUUAGCCUCUGUCUCUGUCUUCUCGCCCUCCCUCCCUUCCUCCUCUCCUCAGUCCCCACAUGCCUUUCCUCACCCCCUUGCCUCCUGUCAUGCACACACUGCAAGUGGCUACGCACUCUCUCCCGGCUCGCACACGCUUCAAGUAGCUGCUCCGGGGGCGUUCUUCCUGCCGGUCGUGCUGCAAGUCAGUGCAAAGCAUGCAGGAAGCUUCCGAGCAGUGGUGAUCAGAGAGCAGGGCCCUGCGAGUCUCUCCAUCGAUCCGCUCAUCAUCUCGCCCUUUGCAGCGGAGGAGUACUUGGAGUGUGGUGCUCAAAGGGUGCAGGCAUUGUUGGUAGGGAAGGUGGGCACGAGCAGUGCAGGCAUGGGAGGGCCCAGGGGACUCAUCACACCACUCACUUUCCCCCCUGCCUGUCAUCAUUUCCCCCCUUCCAGAGAGGCGCCAGUUGUUCAGCACAUGGACGAUAGUGAAGAGCCCCAUGGGCAUCAUGAUCUGCUUCGUGCUCCACUCACCACCUUGCCGCUUCCUCUCCCCCUUGCCGCCUUGCCACCAUGCGUCCAGAGGCAAGAGCCAUUCAGCAUAUGGACACUAACCCCAUUCUGCCUGCCCUUCACACCACAUGCAGAGGCGCGAGCCAUUCAGCAUAUGGACAGUGAUAGUGAGGAGCCCCAUGGUCCUCCUGAUGGGCUCGCACCACCCACUCGCUUCCCUGCCUCCUACCCCCCUGUGAUGGUGCUAAACCCCGGCCUAGGCCUUAAUCCCUUGCAGAGGCGUGUUCCUAGCAGGAUAUGGACAGUAGUAGUGCGGAGCCCUGUGGGCAUCGGGACGGACUUGCUCCACUCAACCACCUCCCUUUCCACUCCCCUCGCCACCUUCUUUUCUUCUGCCGUGCAAUUUUUCUUUGCAGAGGCGCCAGCCGUUCAGCAUAUGGACGAUAGUGAAGAGCCCCAUGGGCAUCAUGAUCUGCUUCAUGCUUGUUGUCAUGGUCGUCCUCCCUCGCCUCGCCGACUCCAUAGACCCAGAGGAGAUGAAGCAGAUGCAAGAGCAGAUGCAGCAGCAGCAGGUGCCAUCACUUUCAGGCCUCUUGAGUGGUAA